AUGUCCCAGGAUCGACCCCUGUGGUACUCCACAGGGGGGGGGGGGGGGGGGGGGGGGGGGGGGGGGGGGGGGGGGGGGGGGGGGGGGGGGGGGGGGGGGGGGGGGGGGGGGGGGGGGGGGGGGGGGGGGGGGGGGGGGGGGGGGGGGGGGGGGGGGGGUGGGGGGGGGGGGGGGGGGGGGGGGGGGGGGGGGGGGGGGGGGGGGGGGGGGGGGGGGGAGGGGGGGGGGGGGGGGGGGGGGGGGGGGCCCCCCCCCCCCCCGGCCGUGCUGUUGUACUUGAGCGUCCACAGCAGGUGCAUUGGAUCACGGAGCGGAGAGAGGAGCGGCAUUAUGUGGUAA